GUCUGAAAGACCGGCGUUUCUAGGACAACGACUCAAACAAAUGAGCAUGGUGUUUCCUACUUUGUUUGGAGAGAAACAAAAGCAAAAUCUACGGAGCUGUCGAGCACACCUAAGGAAUGUCUUUCAUGAGCCAGCGUCGCAACAUCUCUCACAACCACCAUCAGAAGAUGAUCCUGGAUCACCGCAAACAGGAGGAAAUGCGUGAAGAUCAGACCAAAAGCAUCGCCAAAGAGCGGCAGAUGCAAGCCAGUCUUCAGUCCGAAGAAAGAGUCGAGAGAAAGCGCUUCCUACGCAAGAUGCAAGAUGAAGAGUAUGGCAGACAAAUCGAGGAAUCACUUCUCAAGGCAGAAGAGGACAGACAGUUCAGAGAGAGGCAGAUUGAACAGGAAGAGAGGAUGGCCAAGGAACUGGCGAGAAUUAAUAAUGAGAAACUGCGAGAUGAGAAGAUGAGGCAGCACAUUAAAGAAAACAGUGUUGAGCUUCGAGAGCUAGAGUUGAAGCUCAAAUCUGCUUACCUGAACAGAGAACGGGCAGCACAGAUGGCAGAAAAGGAGGCCAUGAGAUAUGAGACAAUGCGACAAGAGGCUGAUGUUGCCCGUAAGAUGAAGGGUGAGCAUGAGCGUGCCGAGAUGGAAAAGGAGAAACUGGAGCAGAAGAAGUAUGAAGAGGUGGUACGCUACCAGCAAGAGCUUGAGCAGCAGCUUGAGGAGAAGGAGCGCAAGAGGCAGGAAGCCUAUGAAGAGUUUCUUAAAGAAAAACUCAUGGUGGACGAAAUUGUGCGAAAGAUCAAUGAGGAGAACCAGAUGGAGCUUCAGUUACGACUCGAGAAGGUCACGACCACUCAGAGAUACAUUGAAGAUUUUAAAAAGCAGCAAGCAGAGUGGAGACGUAUGGAGCGAGAAAAAGUGGAAGCCGAGAACAGGCGCAUCAUGGAGUUUGCCCAGUACCAGCAAAGGAAGGAGGAGGACAGGAUGGCCAAAGUUAGAGAGCGAGAGCAGGAGAAAGAAAUCCUGCACAAAAUGCUCUCUGAGCAGAUCGAGAUUGAGAAAAGACAGCGUGAGGAGAUUGAGCGCGUCCGUGAGGAACUCUACUUGGAAGAGCAGGCUGAGGCUGCAAGACAACAAGAAAUUGAAGAGAUGGAGAAGAGGAUCCGGCAGCGGCUGGAGCUACAGCAGACGCGUCGGGAGAUGAUGGCUUUCAAGCAGUUGCGUAUACAAGCCGAGAAAGAGGAAGAGGAGGCCUUCAGACAGAGGAUGAUGGCCAAGUUUGCAGAGGAUGACCGAAUUGAGCAGAUGAAUGCCCAGAAGCGUCGUAUGAAACAGUUGGAACACAAACGGGCUGUGGAGAAGCUGCUGGAAGACAGGAGACAGCAGUAUCUGGCUGAACAAGAGAGGGAGGAAGAUGAGAGAGCAAUGGAGCAGGAGAGAGAGUCUCAGCGUCGGAAGAUCAUCGAAGAGGAGAGACAGAGGCUCCUAAAACAGCAUGCGACAAAACUGCUGGGAUACCUACCAAAGGGUAUUUUCAAAGAAGAUGAUCUGGAGCACUUUGAUGAGGAUUUCAAAAAGAAUUUCAAACAACGACAGGCUGAUAUUUUCUCAGAUGAGGGUUGGGGAGAUAACUAGCAGUUGGGUAAUUCCAGUCAUGACCACCAGAUGGCGCUCUCAGUUAGUUUUUUCUUCUUUUUUUCUCAAUCUGUUAGUGCUGGUAUACUUAACAGUGCAUCUGCCACUUUCACAAAAGAUUGGAACAAAUUUCAAAUUGAUCUUUGUCUUUUAUGUUACAGUGUAUUAAAAUUAUAUUGUGUUACUCUAAUUCCAAACUCUGAUUUUUGGUUUAUGAGGAAAACAUUGGCCUCAAAUGAUUCUAUUAAUUAAACAGAAGUGAAAAUCUAAAUAGCCUAAGAAUUUAUCACAUUCUCUGUAAGUAAUGUAAUGCUCAUACUGGGUAAUACAUUUUUCCCUCUUAUCUGAUCCUUUGAAGGUGAAAUUCACUUGAAAAAAAAAUGUUUAAUGUGUGAUACAAACCAUGUUUAUGUUGUUUGUAAACUUGGUUAGUCUUUCUCAAUUGUUAAAAAGAAAAGCAGAGUGAUUUCACUGUUUCCUAAGAAAGAACUGGAUAUAGUUCAUGGUUGUCUGGGAGUAUAUCAUACGAGCAAGAAUGUAAUCAGAUGUGACUGCUCAUGUACAGUCAAGUGUGUGUUUAUGUCUCAACAGCUGUCAGUCAUUCUGCCCAGUUAGUCCAUUACCUUGGUCUGGCUGCUGACAUGGCUGUAAAAUUCUUCCAUCAAAGUAUUUACUGUUGUCCAUAUACCUGCACUACUCUUAUGAAAUUCCCUCUAAAAAUUGUCACUGUAACAAACAUGAAGAAACAUUUCAAACUUAUCAUAAAAUUAAAUUAAUUGAAAAUGUCAAUAAAUUGAUCCCGAAUAGUUUAAAGCAGCAUCACUGUCAUGAUUAGAAAGUAUUCAUUUUCAAUUCUAAGCCUGGCAAAUUUAGUUUUAUUAGAUCACCACAUACUCUUUUUACAUACAACACUGAUAAUAAAAGCCCCUCCACAUAACACAUCCCAUUCUCUAAAUAAUAUUCUAGAAAUUACUUCAAGAGUAGU